GAUCCGAAAUGCAAUCAGCGUUGUCAGUGCUUCUUUGAUUCGUACACAGUAUUGUCAUUGUUAAAUGCAAUAAAAUAUUGUAAUAAGUAUUUGUGACGUUUGAAAGCUUUUAAUUCAAAUAAUAUGGGGCUGAAAAUAGUUGUACUAUUCGCUUGUAUCGCUUUCGCUAACGUCGCUGUAUCAAAACCUACAAGUAAUGAAGAGGUUCCAUGUAUAAGCUGCGAGCCUAAUGUGGCAGAAACACGACCAAAACGGUGCAUAAAAGAAAUAAUUCAUAGAAUCAGAGAAUCGAUUACCAAUGUUUUGCACGAGACCUUUAGUCAUGCAGAACGCUUCCAUCAACGACAUCAUCGAAACUCAAUAACAAACAUCGGUAAUGGAGCUCAUAAUACUAACUAUAUAAACCUUUAUAAUGUUAAUCCUUACUAUAAAUAAAAUAUUAAAAAUAAACUAAAUAUUUAAAACAAAUACUUAAUUCAAGUCGCCUCUUUCUUACAGCACUUUCGAAUAAUUAUUUUACAAGAUUAAAUAAAUGUUACUAGCUGUUUGGAAAUUAGUUUGUACCGAAAAGGACCAUCAAGUAACUCAGUAGUUAAAUAAAUCGAUUUACUUUAUUAUAAAAUCAACUUAUUGCGAAUUAUAACAAUUUACCGACUUUUUGCUUAUGAAGAGUGUUAUUCCUGA